CUUGAUCGGCCCUACUCCCCAAGUCGACCCCGAGAGGAAGAACCAAUAAGAUGUUGCACUGCCUGCUUUCUUUCUUUCGUUUUUUUCAUUUUACCGACCGGAUGUUUCUACGUCGUUCUAAAGUCGCCUUUACUUCACGUCUCCGCUUUCGGUGCAGCAGAAUUUGUCGAAUUUUGAGGCAGACGUUUAGACGGAGAUGUCGACCACCACAAGCCGCGCGCGCCCCCCUCUCACGCCCCCACCCAUUGACUCUCGGCGUUUCUCUUCACAUCUCCUCCCCCUUUGCCUUUUACUCUCUCAUUCCCUCUCUGUGUUUCUGCACAUCUCUUUCUUAACCAGUUGAACCUCCGACGCGUAUGGAUCUAACUGGUUCAAAACCGGCGUAUCCCGAGGAGGACACGGCAGAGGCAGACGCCUGACAAAGGAUGGGGUUCAGCCGUCUGCAGGUUCUAGAGUGGAAAAUCAGACAGAUUAAAGGAUGCCUUUCAGCGCCACUCCAAAGCAUCAUGGAAGAUUAAGCUACCAAGAUGUAAAACUUCAUUCAGGAUUUGAAGAGAAAAGAUCAACAUACCUGCUGCCACCCUAUUUGUUGACAUGAAGGACUGACGCGGUUGGCAUCAUUAAACAGUAUGUCGGUUUGUAACAGCAGUAUGUUGGAGAUUUGCAUAGCCCAUCCGUCAAACACAUCCAGGCUUUCAGCAGUUGGAUUUAUAAUGAUGCCCAUCACAUUAAGGAUAUUUGUCGCAGUAAUCAUGAUAUUUAUGAUUGCUGUUGGUUUCUUAGGCAAUUCCAUUGUCUGCCUCAUUGUUUACCAGAAGCCAGCGAUGCGAUCUGCCAUUAAUUUACUCUUGGCUACGCUGGCCUUCUCGGACAUUAUGCUUUCAGUUUUGUGUAUGCCUUUCACAGCUGUUACCAUCAUCACAGUCGACUGGCAUUUUGGAUUUUAUUUCUGUAGGAUAUCAGCUAUGCUCUAUUGGUUUUUUGUUCUGGAAGGAGUUUCCAUACUUCUGAUCAUCAGUGUGGAUCGCUUUCUAAUUAUCGUUCAAAGACAAGACAAGCUCAACCCACAACGUGCCAAAAUUAUGAUCACUGCUUCCUGGCUCAUCUCCUUUUGUAUGUCUUUUCCAUCUGUGGUAGGUUGGACUGUGGUGGAAGUUCCAGCCCGGGCACCCCAGUGUGUUUUGGGAUAUACCGAGUCACUUGCUCAUCGUGCUUAUGCCGUAUUACUUGUGGUUGUUGUUUUCUUUAUCCCAUUCACUGUCAUGUUGUAUUCAUAUCUUUGUAUCCUUAACACGGUACGCCACAAUGCAGUUAGAAUUCACAACCAUGCUGACAGCUUAUGCCUGAACCAAGUCAAUAAGCUCGGUCUCAUGGGCCUGCAGCGACCCCAUCAGAUGAAUGUAGACGUAAGCUUCAAGACCAGAGCCUUCACCACCAUUCUGAUCCUCUUCAUUGGAUUCUCCGUGUGUUGGCUGCCACACACAGUUGUGAGUUUGCUCUCUGUCUUCAGUCACAGCUUUUACUAUAGCUCCUCUUUCUAUAUUGUUAGUACUUGUGUGCUCUGGCUGAGUUACCUGAAGACUGUCUUCAACCCCAUUAUAUAUUGCUGGAGAAUUAAAAAAUUUAGACAGGCCUGCCUGGAAUUCAUGCCCAAAACUUUCAAGAUCCUACCCAUAGUGCCUGGGAGAGCCAGAAGAAGAGUACGCCCAAGUACGAUAUACGUUUGUAAUGAGCACCAGUCUGCUGUGUAAUGUAUAUUGGGAUAGGCACAAUAAAAGAAGCAAAGAAAAAAACGAGUAAACUGGAUGUGAACAUGUAACUCAAGAUUUUAAAAUGAAUAUGUUCAUUUUUUAAUUUUGAAAUGAAUGAAUGUACCAUUUUGUAAAUAUUUUCUGUUGUCAAUUCUCAUUUUUGAGCAUGAGUAAAACAAACAAUAUUGCUUUUCUAUUUCCAGCUAAAAUUGUGUGAAAUUCUUCACACUUCAACCCUGGUCC